AUGUUUUGUCAGAAAUGUCGCCAGCCUCUCAAGCUGGACGGCUCCCUUCAGGACCUGAAUCCAGCUGCAUAUGAUCUGUUGGUUUCUUCAGCAGCGCCACAGCCCCCCAAGCAAACAGUCGUCCAAUUUCCAGCAAAGUCACAAAUAAAAGAGCGAGAUGCAGCUCGAAAAUCGCUCUACGAGACGGCGUCGCAAAGCGCAAGCAGCCAGCCGACCUUCAAACGCCAUCAUGGCAGUAACCCACGAGACCAAACCAUGUCGUUUAUAUACCUAUCAGAAUCACAGCUCGGCCAUCAGUAUGACCGCACACAAUCUCCGAAGCAGCAGCAGCAGCUCUCGCCCCGCGCGGCAGCUCAGUCGCCGGCCAAGAUGCAGCGAUCACCUUCCAACCAAACCGACGUCAUGAGCUCGACGCGCGAAGACGAAAUGGGCCGCGUGAACCGCCUAUUCGAAAUUCUCACAGCACGCUCCGAUAUCGACUACCCGAUCUGCGUCGAGUGCACCGACAUGCUCGUCGACGGCCUGCAGCGAAAGCUCGACACGGCCACCCGCACGCGCGAUGCCUACAUUUCGCACCUCAAGGAGAUCCGCGCUACGCAGCCCAGCGAGGCCGACAAGAAGGCCGCCAGGGAGCGGCAGCGCAAAGCCGAAACCGAAAAGGCGGCCGCCAUGGAGGAGCUCAAGCGCCUCGAAGCCGAAAAGGACGCGCUCGACGAGGAGAUUCUCGCGCUCGAGGACGAGUCGCGGCAGCUCGACAAGGAAGAGGCUGCGUUCUGGGGCGAGCGCAAUGCCUUUGCGGCUACGCUGGCCGACUUCCAGGCCGAGCGAGACAGCGUCAGCACAAAAUACAACAACGACUCGCAGCUGCUGCAGAAGCUCCAGCGAUCCAACGUCUACAACGACACCUUUUGCAUCAGCCACGACGGCAGCUUUGCCACCAUUAACGGCCUGCGCCUCGGCCGCCUCUCCAGCAAGCCCGUCGACUGGCCGGAGAUCAACGCCGCCUGGGGCCACGCGCUGCUGCUCCUCGUCACCGUCGCCGACAAGCUCGAGUUCCGCUUCCAGGGCUACGAGCCGCAGCCCAUGGGCAGCACGUCCAAGAUUGUCCGCUUCGAUGCGGCCAGCCCCGCGGCCAGCCGCGUCGGCCACCACGACAGCGCGUCCCGUCCGCCCGCCGCGCCCAAGAAGAACGUCCUCGAGCUCUACAGCUCCGGCGGCGACCUGCCCCUCGGCCUGCGGCUGCUCCACCGCGGCUUCGACCACGCCAUGGUCGCCUUCCUCGAGCUCGUCCGCCAGCUCGGCGAUCACAUCCACCGCAAGACGGAGCCCACGGGCCGCCCGCUCAGCCUGCCGUACCGCAUCGACGGCGACAAGAUUGGCGACGUCAGCAUCCGCCUCGGCAUCGCCCAGGAUGACGGCUGGACAAAGGCCUGCAAGCUGACGCUGACGUGCUGCAAGUUUCUCCUCGCACAUGCUAGCAACGUCAGCACAACCACGCGAGAUCCAGAAUCGUGA